AUGCCGAGGAACGCUGUGGUCAUCUUGCGCUACGGGCCAUACAGCGCGUCGGGGCUCUCAGUGGAACACCGCACCUUCCGCCUGGAGGGCCUGCAAGCUGUGUUGACCAAAGAUGGACAUGAUGUCUUCCUAGAGAAGAUAGAAGACUGGAAUGUGGUAGAACUCAUGGUGAAUGAAGAAAUCGUCUUCCAUUGCAACAUUAAGGACUUGGAGUUUGGCAAGCUCACCCCAAGUAGUGACAAGACAGCCACCAGCAUGCCCAGGCUGACAUUUCACUGGCUGAGAAACCUAAUAGAAAGAAUAGCUUUUCUUCCCAAGAGUGCCAAUAAAAGCACAGCCUGAUUUUUAUCAGCUCAGAUUGGAUCAGUCCUGUGUCCACUUAAGACCAAUCUCUGUGACCUGAGUUGGCCAGGUCUGAACCACAUGUUCACUUCUGGGGUAGAGAGGAUGGAAACUCAAUCCUAUUAG